UGUCUCUUCCGAGGUGACAUUCUCAAGGCGAAGCUAGCAAAGCAAUCGCCGGUGCACAAUGAUAAAGCUUGCGUUCAGGCCAGACGGCCUUGCUCGCCCUCCGGCUUGCUCGUCAUAUAUACGUAUGCUUCAACAGGCUCCUACGCUUGUUCGCAAGUCUGGCGCAGGUAGAAUAUACACAACAUGAAGGGGUCUGUCCUGCUUACCGCAACCGCUCUCUGCGGCGUUGCAUUUUCAAGGAUAAUUGCUCCUGCACCACUUCAUCUGCACCGGCGCGAUGACAUUGACCCGGACGAGCUAUAUCCUGCCCAUAACAUCUCCGUUCCCAUAGACCAUUUCCACAACGAAUCCCAGUAUGAACCUCAUACGAAUGCCUCGUUCAACCUGCGAUACUUCUUCGAUGCGACAUACUACAAGCCCGGUGGUCCCGUCAUAGUCUUGCAAAGUGGUGAAACAGAUGCCUCGACCAGAUUGGUAUAUCUUCAGAAGGGCAUUCUAGCUCAGCUGUCCAACGCAACCAACGGCAUUGGAGUCGUCCUCGAGCACAGGUACUAUGGCACAAGUUUCCCAACCAAAAACUUGACCACGAAGUCGCUUCGAUUCCUGACAACAGAACAAGCCCUGGCCGAUCAAGCAUAUUUCGCCUCGCAUGUUGUCUUUCCUGGGUUCGAACAUGUGAACUUGACUGCUCCGCAUACACCGUACAUAACAUACGGAGGCUCAUAUGCAGGCGGCUUCGCUGCGUUCAUGCGCAAGAUUUAUCCUGACUUGUACUGGGGAGCGAUCUCUUCUUCCGGAGUGACAGAAGCCAUCUACGAUUUCUGGCAGUACUAUGAGCCUGUCCGCGAGUAUGCACCCUCUGAUUGCAUCGAGAACCAUGUCAAGCUCACCAACAUCCUGGAUACCGUUCUGAAACAGAACGACACCAAGACUGUCACACAACUCAAGGCCGGCUUCGGCCUGGAGACACUCACCCAUAAUGAUGACUUUGCGAAUGUCGCUUCAUACGGCAUCGGUGGUUGGCAAAGCCGCAAUUGGGAUCCGGCGGUCAAUGUUCUCGAUUUCCACUAUUACUGCGGAAACAUCACCUCAAACAAAGUUCUCUGGCCCUCUUCCAAUGCCAGGGCGUCCACCGCGUCGUCUUUGGUAGAAGCUGGAGGUUGGGGUAACGAGUCGAAAACACUGACCACCCCUUUGUUGAAUUACAUGGCAUGGACCAACGACAGUUAUGGUGCUGCAACGUGCGACGGCACUUUGGAUGAGUGCUACAACAGUCACAAUGCCUCAGCUCCAAUGUAUGCCGACAAGACUCUUGCAAAUUAUAACUCUUUGUCGUGGUCUUACCAAGUCUGCACUGAAUGGGGCUAUUUCCAGACCGGAUCGGGAGUGCCGAAGAACAAGUUGCCUCUGGUCUCCCGCUUGUUGACGCUGGAGUACGAGACGUUGAUUUGUCGAUUGGCAUUCGACAUUCACCACGCUCCCAAUCUCACGGCGAUAAACAAGUAUGGUGGCUUCAACAUUUCGUACCCUCGACUCGCAUUUGUCGGGGGUGAGGCUGACCCGUGGCGUCCGGCGACUCCGCUUGCAACUCUGGAUGUUCCAGAUCAAUUGAACCGAACGAGCAAUGCCAGUGAGCCUGUCAUCAUGAUCGCUGGCGCUGUCCACCAUUGGGACGAAAAUGGCCUGUUCCCUAACGAGACCACGCCUCAACUGCCACCUCGCCCAGUAGCUGAAGCUCAAUCACAGCUGGUUCAAAUCGUCCAAGGAUGGAUGAAAGACUGGAAUGCGACGAAAUCGUAACUGGCCUGUUAACACAUGUUCUGUUCUACCGGCGGCUCCGUACCAUCGACUAUAUAGGUCAUAGAUACCGACGGUAGCACAAUCAGACGGGUGUCUGGUUUCGAUGCUGAUAUUCGCUGUCUGGACAAGUAGUAAGCAACAUAAGAAGAUGAUGAGCCCCAUUUAUGCAUUGUUCACUUUGGGGGUUUUUGUCUGGCCACCAAGCUGUACUACAUAGUACAGGGAAGGAAAGUGUCACCGAGGUCUACCGCAUGAGGAGGACAUGUUGUACCUGAUAUGGGCAAUGUACUUCUCCCUCUUUAGGAUAAGGUAAAAUGCAUC